GAAGAUGGACUAUGAUUUCAAAGUGAUGCUGACCGGGGAGAGAGAACGUGUAGAGGACCUGUUUGAAUAUGAGGGAUGCAAAGUGGGGAGAGGCACCUACGGCCAUGUAUAUAAAGCAAAGAGAAAAGAUGGGAAGGAUGAUAAGGACUACGCCCUCAAGCAGAUUGAAGGCACUGGCAUCUCCAUGUCUGCCUGCAGAGAGAUUGCACUACUGCGGGAGCUGAAGCAUCCUAAUGUGAUCUCACUGCAGAAGGUGUUCCUGUCACACGCAGACCGCAAAGUCUGGUUGCUCUUCGACUAUGCCGAGCAUGACCUCUGGCACAUCAUAAAGUUCCACAGAGCGUCCAAGGCCAAUAAGAAGCCCCUGCAGCUGCCCAGGGGGAUGGUCAAGUCCCUGCUUUACCAGAUCCUAGACGGCAUCCAUUACCUUCACGCCAACUGGGUCCUACACAGAGACCUGAAACCUGCCAACAUCCUAGUGAUGGGGGAGGGGCCAGAGAGGGGUCGAGUAAAGAUCGCGGACAUGGGCUUUGCCCGCCUCUUUAACUCACCACUGAAGCCGUUAGCAGAUCUGGACCCUGUGGUGGUCACCUUCUGGUACAGAGCACCAGAGCUACUGCUAGGUGCCAGGCACUACACCAAAGCCAUUGACAUCUGGGCUAUUGGCUGCAUCUUUGCCGAGCUGUUGACAUCUGAGCCCAUCUUCCACUGUCGCCAAGAGGACAUCAAGACCAGUAACCCCUACCACCAUGACCAGCUGGACCGCAUCUUCAACGUCAUGGGCUUCCCUGCUGAGAAGGACUGGGAAGACAUCAAGAAGAUGCCCGAGCACUCCACUCUGAUGAAGGACUUCAGACGGAACACGUGUACAAACUUAAAUAACACCUUUUAUCACAGGUAUACAAACUGCAGCCUAACAAAAUACAUGGAGAAACACAAAGUGAAACCAGACAGCAAAGCAUUCCACUUGCUCCAGAAGCUGCUGACCAUGGACCCGAUCCGCAGGAUCACGUCUGAGCAGGCCAUGCAGGACCCUUACUUCCUGGAGGAACCACUGCCCACCUCUGAUGUGUUUGCAGGCUGCCAGAUCCCCUACCCAAAGAGGGAGUUCCUGACAGAGGAGGAGCCAGAGGACAAGGCAGAGAAAGUCAGAAAUAAGAACCAGCAGCAGCAGGGGAACAACCACACCAAUGGGGCGGGGCACACUGGUAACCCUGACAACAGCCAUGCCCAGGGCCCGCCCCUAAAGAAGGUGCGAGUGAUCCCGCCAGUCACUACCUCAAGUGGCCUCAUGACCUCAGACUAUCAGCGCUCCAAUCCACAUGCUGCCUACCAGAACCCCGGACCAAGCACAUCACUGCCCCAAAGCAGCAUUGGAUACUCCUCUACCUCCCAGCAGCCCCCGCAGUACUCACACCAGACCCACCGCUACUGACCCCUGACCUCUACCCACCCCUCGCCAUGCCCGCUAGGGAGAAUGUACUAAGGGAAGUGGGUGUGUCCAUGGCAACAGCCCACCGGUCCACCCUCACUGCAGCAGUCCUUUAGCCCAGUAUGUUAAUACAAUAUACCCAUUCUAAAAGAACAUGACAUAACGCAACAACAUCAGCCAUGACAGAACAUGACAUAACGCAACAACAUCAGCCAUGACAGAACAUGACAUAACGCAACAACAUCAGCCAUGACAGAACAUGAC